UUUUAGUUAUGGGAUCGGCAGAUGAGGGAAAAAGGUUAAGCCCUUCCUCCUCUUCCCCAUCCGCCUCGUUACCAACAUUUUCGGACACUCUCCACCCAGCGUCCACCACGGAAACAGCCCCCAAAACCACAACGACCUUGCAACAACCUGAUCAGGACAACAAUGUUGUGGAAACUUCGGAUCCUGGAUUCAAUCAGACAACAUUACCAGGUGUGGAACAUGGAGAUGGAACAAGAGACAGCGAUACGAGGAAAAGCCCUGCAGCUACAACUCCCUGUGGAGUUGAUAUUGCAGGCAAAGGAAGCAGCGGGUCAGGCAGAUUAGACCCGUCCAAUCAGUUGAAUGAGUUGAGGACGGAUCCAAUUACCGCUCUAGGCGAAGCUAACACUUCUACCGUAGGAGAAAAUUUAAGUUACUCUCAGGUAUCUGAUUGUUCCGAAGCCUUUGAAUUGGGUGCAAAUGCAGCCACUGACGAGGAUUUUGCCGCCUAUGCGGGCACAGAGCCCGCACAGGACGUGCAACCUAAUGAUGGACUAGAAGGGUCACAUUCUCAACCAACAGUUGAUGCAAGCGGUUCAGCAACACAAUCUCCGCCAACGCAGGUGAUGGAGAGGCCAGGCGACCCUGCCUCCUCACCGUAUAGGAUUCCGGAUUACGUGUUUGCUAGGAACAAAUCAACAUCCCCAAUGGAAUGGAGCCCCGCUUCCAACGAGUCAUUGUUCAGCAUUCAGAUGGGAAAUAUGAGUUUUACCAGAGACGAGAUUAACUGGCUGUGUAAAUCCGGUGAAUUGGGCUUACCUGGUGAGGUAAGUUACUUGCCUAGUGGUCCAUGCAGCAUUGACUUCACAAGCAACCAGCCACCGGCUAAGCAAACGGCGCAAUCAGCAGAGAAUGCUUCCGAUAAGAAAGGCAAUGUGAAGGAGGAGCCGAGUCUGAGGGCAACCGAAGCAAAAGCUGUGGAAACCAUGAGAGAAGUUAUAAGGGAAAAUGCAGAAAGUCGUGAGAAGGAGAAGGCACCCAUCGCGGGCGAGGGCGGCAAGUAUCAUUCGGCUUGCCUCUCUCAUGUUUCGGAUGGAAGUACAAAAUCUUUUGCAUUCCCAAUAUUGGCAGGGGACGGAGACAUAAAUGUGUCGCUACGGGGAGAAGGAGCGAAACACAAGCACCAACCGGGGUCAAAGCCACCGUCGCAGCGACAAUCGCGGUCGCAGACGCUAGAAGAAACACCGGAAGCAUCGUCUCAGGCCUCAAAACCAACCCCAAUUGAACCCAAGUGCAGAUGGGGGCUGUCUUGCUUAUCUUGUUGCCCAUCAUGCUGUACUUAG